AUGGGCAAGAAGGCUGUUCACUUCGGCUCUGGCAACAUUGGCCGUGGCUUUGUUGCCUGCUUUCUCCACGAGUCCGGCUACGAGGUCAUCUUUGCUGAUGUCGUCGACAAGCUCGUUGACUCUCUCAACAGCACCAAGGAGUACCAUGUCAUCGAGGUUGGCACCGAGGGUGUUGACAAGAAGACCAUCACCAACUACCGCGCCAUCAACUCUAGAACACACGAGGCUGAGUUGGUUGACGAGAUUGCUACCGCUGACGUUGUCACCUGCUCCGUCGGUCCCAACAUUCUGAAGUUCAUUGCCCCCGUCAUUGCCAAGGGUAUCGACAAGCGAUCGCAAGAUCUCAAGCCCCUUGCCGUUAUUGCCUGCGAGAACGCCAUCGGCGCCACAGACACACUUGCUGGAUUCAUCAAGGAUCCCAAGAACACCCCAGAGCACCGUCUUGCCGACCACCACGAGCGUGCUGCCUACGCCAACUCGGCUAUUGACCGAAUUGUCCCCGCCCAGGAUCCCGACGCCGGUCUUGACGUUACCCUCGAGAAGUUCUACGAGUGGGUUGUCGACAGAACUCCCUUCCAGAACAGUGAGAUCCCCUCCAUCGAUGGCAUCAAGUGGGUCGACAACCUUCUGCCCUACAUUGAGCGCAAGCUCUUCACUGUCAACACUGGCCAUGCAACUGCCGCCUACCACGGCUACAACCGUCAGAAGAAGACUGUCGAUGAUGCCCUCCGCGACAAGGAGAUCAAGGAGGAGGUUUCCGCCGCUCUCGCCGAGACCAGCAAGCUCAUUGUCGAGAAGCACGGCAUCUCUGCCGAGGAGCAGGAGCAGUACAAGCAGAAGAUCAUCCAGCGUAUCAGCAACCCUCACUUGGCUGAUGCCGUCGAGCGUGUUGGCCGUGCUCCUCUUCGCAAGUUGAGCCGAAAGGAGCGUUUCAUCUCCCCGGCUGUCGAGCUUGCAGAGAAAGGCCACAGCGUCCAGGCCCUACUGUUUGCCGCCGAGAUGGCUUUCCGCUUCCAGAAUGUCGAGGGCGACGAUGAGAGCAAGGAGCUCGCCAAGAUCAUGGCCGAGCACAAUGCAGAGGAGGUUGUCAGCCAGGUCUGCGGUCUUCAGACCUCUGACAAGCUCUACCCUCAGGUCGUCGACGUUGUGAAGAGAGUCCAGGCUGACAGCCGCGAUUGA